AAAGGAAGCAAAGUCCUGUGUUUCCUGCAAACGCAGCCAGAACCAGGGGGGGGGAGCAAGGAACGGACCUGGGAUUUACUGUGCAGCCCCCCAGCACCAGGGGGGGGGGACGUUUAUCCGGGAGCAAAUGAAUCAGGAAUCAGGGAGCGACAGAGACAAGAUGCCCCAAGCGGACCCCCCUGUCCAUACAGUAAGGAUCCAGCAGAGCUACUGGGUGACGGACGCCAGUGAGGAGAGGCUGCUGCAGUCGGGGGCAGUUCUGCUGGCCAGGGAGGUGACCCAAGUGGACUACUACGACACCGACACGUAUGACCUUGCCAUGAAAGGGGCGUGGCUCAGUAAGAGCAGGGGCAAAUGGCAACUCAUCGUAGACCAAGGUGGGAGUGACAGCACAACGGCCAAUCAGAAGGGAGAUGAUCCGUCCGACGCCGACGCCCCGACAUGUUACGAGCUGCUAGACGAGCGGGAGAUUGUUGCUUAUCUGGCCAGACUUCUACCCCCGGGGGGCAAAUCCUCGGCUCAGGCCGUGGGCGACUUCAUUCGGCAGCAGGGGGUCCGUCACUAUGGCAACUACCAGAGCGUCACCCGUGCCACCUACAGGCUGACCGACGCCUACACCGUGACCCUCAGCGCCGAGCCGGCGGCCCCCAAACAGGCGGCGCUGAUACGCGGGGACGUGGGGAUCGAUGGCGUUACCCGAGGCUUCCAGCGAAUGGAGGAGCUGGCCGGCCAACUGGAUUUACUGCCCCAGACCAAGGCAUAAGCUACAGCUGGGCGGGGGCAUGUACGGGCAUGUUCGGUAUUAAAAUAACCUGGUUGCUAGGGCCCCUGACCCUAGUAACCAUGCAGAGGUACGACAGACUGAAAGGUCCCGCCAAAAAACCUUUAGGCAUCUUCUCUGCUUCUUGGUUGUCCCGAGAAACCAGUCUGAAGGUUAACUUCCCCUUUAAUAAUCUAAAGAUGCCCUGGAAGCUAGGACCUCCCCCUUUACUGUUUCCCCCGCGCCAUUGGGCCGGGAGCCUGCACCGGAAUUAUAUGAUUGGCUGUGCCAUUGGCAGGACACAUACCAUAAUAUGGCUGCGCACUGUACUGGACAUCCGAAAUAAAAGUAGUAACCUUUUGCAGCA